AUGCCUGUUCCUAAAGUAGGAAUUUCUCAAUGGCUGGAGCUUGUUAAAAAUACACAAAAGCACGGAGAAGAACAAGGGAUGACAUCUCAUGAGCAUCCAUACAUUUUCACAGUACCAGAGACCUUGCGUAUUGAAAGGCCAGAAGCUUACCUCCCUCAGGUAGCUUCUCUAGGACCUUAUCAUCAUCUUGAACUUAAACUGUACGAGGCCGAAAGAUAUAAAUCUAGGCUUGCCAUCGAAGUUGAGAAAAGAGCAAAGAAGGGGUCUUUCGUGGAUUUGGUUACUGAGAUCAUUAGAAUGGGAGCAGAGAUAAGGAACUGCUACAAUGAUCCUAUCGAAUGCACCGAUGAAGAACUAGGAUGGAUGAUGGCUCGAGAUGCUGUGUUUAUUCUGGAGUUCAUUGACUGCAUUAACCAAUGUCCCAACGCAGGAUCUCAACAGGCAAAACCUUGCAUGCAGAGCAUGGAUGCAGUUUUUCACCCAGAUAGUAAAAGCCCCUCUUUCUUCCCACUCCAGGCUAAUAUUUUUAAGCUUGACAACCAAGUCCCACUCUUCAUUUUGAAAAAAGUUCUGGCAUGGGACACUGGCUUAGAAAAUCAAGAAUUGGAGGUCAAGCUAAAAGAGAGAAUUUCAGGAGCCUGUAAGUGCUUCUCCCCUUUCAUUAAUGGCGGUACAAAUUACGAUUCACAUCAUUCCAUGAAUGGUGGAGAUGCAAAUCAUGGUUCACAUCAUUCCAUAAAUGGUGGAGAUGCAAAUCAUGAUUCACAUCAUUCCAGGACACCAGCAUGUGAUGAAGGACAUAUACUGGAAUGCCUUUACAAUUUUGUUGUCCCAAAGGAAAAAGACAAUUCUGUUGUCCCAAAGAAAAAUGAUGGUCAGAUUGAUGACUUUGUUGAUCAGAAGAGGAACAUGGAGAAGUUUAAACGCUUUCACCUUUUUCGCCAGAUGACAUCAAAAUUUAGAGAUCUUUUGCACCGAAAAUCAAAUAUCAAAGCUGAUAAAAAUCUGCCUUCGGCCACAGACUUACACAGGAGAGGAGUAAAAUUUGCUCCUUUUAGAUGGUUAUCAGAAGAAAUAAGGUUUGAUAGAGCCAGCUCUACACUUUUUCUCCCUCUUAUAGAAAUGGACUACAGAACAGAUGUUUUCUUGAGAAAUAUGGUGGCAGUGGAAGCUUUCAUGAUGUGCAAAACCAGAGUGUUUACUUGCUAUGCAGAUCUGAUGGACAGACUCAUUGACACUCCGAAUGAUGUUGCAGUGCUGAAAAGGUAUGGAAUUAUCUGCAGUGACAUGGGAAGUGAUAAGGAAAUAAGCAUUUUAUGGAAUGGCAUUCGUAGAUCGGUUUGGAGGAGUGCAUAUGAGCCUAUAGACCAAACAAUCAAGGAUGUCAAUGCUUAUUAUAGAAGUAGAUAUAGAGUUUUAUUGGCUCAGUUUUUUCAGGAACACUUCUCAAAUCCAUGGCGAGCUGCAUCGUUGGUGGGAGCAUGUACUCUGCUUGUUCUAGCUUUCUUGCAGACAGCAGAGCCAGAUUAUAUUGAUUAUGUAGAAUUUACAGAGGUAGCAGUAGAUUUUUUAGCAGAAAUCAAAAUGGGAGCAUCAAAAUUCCUUCUAGUAGAAAAGAAGGAAUGCUACCAAGCAUUCUAUGGAAGGCAUAAGGAGUCCUUCUUAAGAAACAUAUGUAAGUCUGAGGAAUCACUUUUAAAGCCAAAAAUUUAA